AUGAAGAAUGACGAUGACGAUAAUGCUAUCAAGGGACAGAUUGAAAAAUUAGAAAAUAACACAGAAAAACAAAUUCAAAAUAGUCAGAACAACGACAACAUCAACUACAGUGACAUUAGCAGAAGAUAUGACAUCAACAGUUACGUCAUAACCAACAUCGACAACAAAAACACUCGCAACAACGUGGAUGAUAAUAAUUCAGAAAGAUCCGUGAAAUGGAAGGUGAAAAUCGUGCAAGCCGUCACCCAUGACACGGGCAGAAUGCAUUACAUCAAGAAUUAUAAAGAAGACAUUAACAACAACAACAACAACAACUACUACAACAUCAACAACAACAACAUCAACAACAACAACUACUACAUCAUCAACAACAACAACAAUAACAGAAACAACAAUUCAGUGAAUAAAAUUAUGAACAGCAAAGUUAACGAAGGAAAGAACAUCAUGCCAGCUAAAAACAACAACAAUAUAGGCAUCAACUACGUCAUACACAAUAACACCAGCCACAACAACAACAACAAAAAUAACAACAGUAACAAUAACAAACAAUCCCAUAUCAGUAAGCUACUCAAUGAGCUCCGAACCCAAUACAUCCUAUACAGUCAGCAUUUAUUUUCUUGUAGAAUCGGCAAGAAUUCCGAUUCGAAUGAUCCGAUACCAAAGUUCGUCUCGCUAACUUUCGGUAAAUAUGACGUCACGACUAUGUUGCUCCCGGUUAGGAAUGUUCGUCAGGGUGAUGAUAAUAAUGACGUCAGCGUUGAUAAUUUUGGUGACGACGACGACGAAGAUGAUGGUGGUGGUGGUGGUAUAGAUAACAGAGAUCAAAAUGGUGAUGAUGAUCAAAAUGAUGAUGACGACGAUGAUGAUGGUGAAAUGAAAUUCAAACGGAAGAAGUCUAAAAACCACUCUGCAAUUAUAUUUGAUGACGAUGGAGAUGAUUCAAUGAAGUCGAAGUUUUUUAACAACAAUAAUCUUAACACUAAUUACAAUAACAACAAGAACAGCAACACCAACAAGAACAGCAACAACUACAACAACUACAACAACAGCAACAACUACAACAGCAUCAACAACUACAACAACAUCAACAACUACAACAACAGCAACAACUACAACAACAGCAACAACUACAACAACAGCAACAACUACAACAACAGCAACAACUACAACAAAACAUUCAACCUUAGUAAUAUAUACAACGUCGGCAAAAAAAACAAUAAACAGGAUAUCCAUAACAAUGUCAAUAAUAUCAGUAAAAACAUCAACAACUACAACAACACCAGCAGCAAGAGCCACAACAACCACAACGACGACAAUAACGACAGAAAGUUCAAAUACGAAUUUGUGAUUUGCGUCACACAGGCCUACGGACGAAUGGACGCCAAGGAGUUCAUAGAGUGGAUGGAGUUGAACCACCUGUUCGGAAUCCAACACGUCACCAUCUACAACGGAUCCUUACUCCCAGACAGUAGUCUCCACUCAGCAUUCCAUCACUACCAGACGUCUGGCCUCCUGUCUGUCUACAAUAUCCCGCCGGCCGUCCCAAACUGGAAAGCCAUCCAACGGGCUAAUAUAUCCGGCUGGCUGGGUCUGGAGGCCACAAAACUGAGCAGCCCCGCCUCUCUAAACGACUGCAUGUGGAGGUACAUGUGGCUCGCCAGAUGGGUCCUCGUUAUCGACUUCGAUGAAGUUAUCGUGCCUACCUCAGUCAGCAAUUAUCGCGAUAUGUUUAAAGAGAUAAAAAGAGUGGAAAUGGAAAAGUUACUGAAGAGGAUGGCUAAGAAGAAGAAGAAGGGUCAGAGUUCAACGGAGCUCUAUUGGAAGUUUGGACACACAUACUCGUUUCGGAUGGCUUAUUUUUUCAGGAAAUGGUCAUCAAAAAAUAGUACAAACAACAACAACACCAUCAACCUCUCUAACAAGAACAACAACACCAUCAAAAACAACAACAACGCAAAACAUCACAAAAAUAUUGCUAACAGCUAUAUUGAUAAGAAUCUUAACAUUCUAAACGAGCACAACAACAACAACAUCAACAACAUCAUCAACAACAACAUCAUCAUCAACAUCAACAAAAGCGUCCACAAGUCUAACAACAACAACAGCAACAACAACAACAACAACACAUACAAAAUUAUCAUAAACACAAUUGACAACAACACAAAUGUGACAAUAAUAAACAACAGAAUCAAGACGACUGAAACUGGAUCACACGUUCAAAAAUUUUUCAGCCUAGAAAUCGAAACCACUAAAAUUAGGAACAUUGAAAAUAACAGUAACAUCUAUGACGACAACAACGAGAUUAAUAAUAAUAAUAAUAACAAUAAUAAUGUUGCCGACAUAACCGAUGACCCUUUCUUCCUUCCGACUCGAUACCGACUAUUCACGGACCGAUACAAAUACCGAACGACCAUUCAGGACUAUUCAAUGGCCCCGAAGUCCUUCAUAGACCCACGGAAAUGUCUAUCCGUGUUUAACCACUACUGCUUCAUACCACUCCCAUGGGAGGAGCAAUCGAGUAAUGACGUAGACUCGAAUAUCGGAGCGGUGCAUCACUACCGAUCCGAAUGUCCGUUCGGUGAGAGUUGUAAAAAUAUGACUUUAAAUAAAGUACCGGAUGAAAAAGUCGGUAGGUUUACGAUGGAGCUGAAGGAGAUGGUUAAAAAGAGAUUCGAUAGUGUGUUUGCUCAUGAACGAAGUACGAAAUAG